GAAUCAUCAAGUAUUUUACGUUUACGUUUGCUGAAUCCCCUAAUUUGUUGUUUCCUACAAGCAGUUUAUUCGAACAUAAAAAACGAUGGUGAAACGUCGAUCCAAACGCAAGGCCGCUGUGCUCGAGUCGCUUUUGGAAAAAGGAAAGCUCCGACGGAGUGCCCGAAAACGCGCGCUCAAGGAAGCCGAUGCCAAGAUUUUCGGUGCAGAUUGUGGCAUUUUGCCAAGCGACUGAUCGCUCGUUAAGGCCUCGACUAUUCCAGGGCGGGUACCUCUGGGAUUUGUCUGUGGCUAUCCAUUGGCGGGCGGGGAACUCUACGGCGGCUCCAUGUUCGCCCGCUCGGCGGCAUCGGACACGUUACAGGGAAGAGCAAUCCAGUCUGUCAACGAAAAAUGGGGAGAAGAUGCGCUGAAAAGGUCCGGGCGAGAGAGUUUGGGAUUACCGGUAUGUAAGAAAAAGUACAAACCUUUUAAUUUUCCUGUUGUGAUGCGAAAAGACGGACGACUGGAAGUUAAAGUUGUGCGAAUGUUUGGCUGCAAGUGUCAUCAUGAGCCUCGUAAAGCGGUGAUUGAACGAUAUGGACAACGGAAUGGAUGGGAGCCCUUCGGACAGUGGAGUCUGCGGAAGGCUGAAGAAAUGGCACGUUCCGAGACCAUUCGACUCAACCAAGCAGUGGAGGAUAGCGUCACAACAGUAUCCGUUGACCUUGUAGAUGAAGAUGAGGAUUCGGUGACUUCCGAGUCUUCAGAAGACGCUUCUUCGCCGCAUGUACGUGUUGCUCAGAAUAUGUGUCUCAAUGGAGCAUGCGCGUGGAAGAUCAAAUCAGCCUACGACGAUAUUUACAAAGAAAUCCAUGGACACACCGAGUCAGAAGCAGAAGACAACCAAGACUGCUAACACCAUUUUAUGCUUUACUAGCACUCCAUUCAAUUUUGAGCAGAGCCGGUUCGAUGGAAAUGGUUCUUUGGCUUUUGUGGAUGUGCCCGCUUCACACUAGUCGACCGUUGCAGCCAUGUUCGAUGUCUUUGAAUGACCCGAGGUGGAGGUUCGGUGAUGCAUAAUUGCUAUCCGAGCGCUGCCUGGGCGACAAAAAGACUUGAUCGCAGCGGAGCAUUUCGUAGAAUGUCGAGAGUCUGGCUGGCAGGCAGUCAUAGUUGCGCGCCUGUAAUUUUUGCACUGUAGAAUGCACAAAAAGCUAUUUACACAACUGUUGCAAACG